AUGGCGGCUCAACCGCCCCCGUCCUCAUCGUCUGCUUCCAGGCGAUCGAGGACGGGUGACAAAGUGGUCGGUUCCUUCAGCAUCGAAGAUGAGAUCGGCAAGGGAAGCUUUGCAACUGUCUACAGAGGACAGCACAAGGCUACCGGAGCUCUCGUAGCAAUCAAAUCUGUCAAUCUCUCGAAGCUCAACAAGAAACUGAAGGAGAACCUCUACUCUGAAAUCGAGAUCCUCAAAGGCCUCCAUCACCCACACAUCGUUGCCCUCAUCGACUGUCGAGAAUCGGUGACUCAUAUACAUUUGGUGAUGGAAUACUGCGAGCUUGGGGAUCUUUCAUAUUUCAUCAAGAAGCGGGACAAGCUGCAAGAUAAUCCAGCACUCAGAGAUAUGGUCAGGAAAUAUCCCAUGCCGGUAGCUGGGGGCCUAAACGAGGUCAUCGUUCGACAUUUCCUGAAGCAACUCGCGAGCGCUAUGGAAUUCUUGAGGGAGCGAAAUUUCAUCCAUCGAGACGUCAAGCCUCAAAACUUACUUUUGCUCCCGUCGCCACAAUUCUUGGCAAAGUCUAGAGACAGACCGCUCGUCAUGAGUGCGAGUGAUGAGGCAAUGGUUCCGAUGGUGGGCUUGACCUCAUUACCAAUGCUCAAGAUCGCGGAUUUUGGCUUUGCUCGAUCGCUACCAUCGACGUCGUUGGCCGAGACAUUGUGCGGUUCCCCGCUUUACAUGGCCCCGGAAAUACUACGAUACGAAAAGUACGAUGCCAAAGCGGAUCUGUGGUCUGUUGGGACAGUGCUGUUUGAGAUGAUGACUGGGAGGCCACCGUUCCGUGCUACCAAUCACGUAGAAUUGCUACGCAAGAUUGAGCAAGCGGAGGAUCACAUCAAAUUUCCCAAGGAUGCAAUCAUCAGUCCAGAUAUGAGGGAUAUUAUAAAGUCUUUGUUGAAACGAACACCUGUCGAAAGGUUACCCUUUAAAGAUUUUUUCAAGCAUCCAGUUAUUGUCGACGCGAUCCCCGGCUUAGUAGGAGAAGACAGACCGAAGGAACUUCGACAGUCUUCGAAAUCAGAAGAUACGCCAAUGGUUCGGACAUCUUCAAGCAGGAGUCAACGCAGAGAGGGAGGGAAGACUGAGUCACAAGCUUUCUCGUCAUCUCCGCGAGAGCGACCUUUGCCCCCAUCACCCAGACCGCAAGGUGUUGACCCGGUCAGACAGCUUGCAGGAACCCCGCCUCGUGCGGCUCCCCAGCCCCGGCCGGAGUCUCGACAACAGCAAAGACGGCCGUCAAUAGUGCCGUCAGCCACAGCUCCAAAUGCUGAGAUGAUCCAAGCAGGCAGAACCCCGACCCGAACUUUCAAUCCAGUGUCGAGAGAUGCGAGACGAACGCCAUCACGUCAAUCUUCUGUGGAUGAUGUUCCAAAACCGGAAGAAAAGCCAGUUGAUGAUUCACAAACUCGGGAAGCUAUUGCAGAGGCCGAACAGGCAGUGCGAGAUGCACGUGAAUACGUUUUGGUUGAGAAACGAGCCGUUGAAGUGAAUGCUUUCGCGGAUGAAAUGGCAGCAAACCCUAGGCUACACUCUCCGAAGCAACCCGCUGCUCGAUCAGGAACUAUGGCGAGAAGAGCGACAACUCAAGGAACGCCAACUUCCGGAACAGGAGCCGUUCCAGCAUCACCCUCAAGAGCCGUCCAGAUUGCACAGGGCAGACCCCGAAUUGAUGUGGUACCGCAUCGACAGAACUCAUUUGGCAGAUCCUAUGGAAGUCCUUCGACAACUUCGGCAAUUGCAAAGGCGCUUCAGGGUGCAAGCGUCAGGAUGUUUGGUGUCAAUUGGUCACCGCAGUUGAUUGGCAAGGGCAAUGGCAGCUCACCGCCUUUGUAUGCUCCAUUCCCCGCUUACCCUACUCCUCACGGAACAGCUGGACUUCUUGGAGACGGACGGCCUAGCGGCCCAAUCGAUGAAGAUCAAAGAGCUGUCAACGUGAUUGAAGAAUCAGCCACUCGGAGCGAUGUUGUAUACGGAUUUGCAGAAGUGAAGUACAAACAACUCAUUCCUUUAGCACCUUCUAUGGAUCAUGGUCUCGGAGGUCCAACUCCCGACAAACCGGGGGAUUCGAUUCACGAAGACGAAGGACUCACCGUGGAAGCUAUAGUAGCUCUUUCCGAAGAGGCUCUCGUUUUAUACGUGAAAGCACUGUCGCUCUUGGCUAAAUCUAUGGAUAUUGCUGGAGCCUGGUGGAGCCGUCGAAGCCGCGGCGAGAUCACCAGCGGACAUGCACCAAGACUAGAAUCGACUACCAGCGUCGCUGCGGGAAAUCGGAUCAACAGUGCGGUACAAUGGGUCCGAAACCGCUUCAACGAAGUCUUGGAAAAGGCUGAGCUCGUGAGACUGAAGCUCAUUGAUGCCCAAAAGAAGUUGCCUGAAGAUCACCCGGGACAUCCUAGCAACCACACGAGUGCCUCCAGAGUAGCAGGCGCUUCAUCGACAGACGGCGUGGUCUUGAGCUCAGGCAUCACAGCCGAGAAGUUGAUGUACGACCGGGCUUUGGAGAUGAGCCGUUCUGCUGCGAUCAAUGAGAUUGCCAACGAGGAUCUCCCAGGUUGUGAGAUCUCAUAUAUCACAGCCAUCCGCAUGUUGGAAGCAGUUCUAGAGAACGACGACGAAACGCCAACUAGGCGAAAUCGAUCGUCAAGUCUCAGAGAUGAGAAGGAACAGAGACCCGAAGAGGGAAUGGUUAAUGGCAUCAAUCUUGAUGAUCGGCAGGCGGUAUUGAAAGUUGUCUCAAUGAUCCGUACCCGCCUCUCGACCCUCAGAAAGAAGAUGGCCAUUAUCGCAAAACACCAGUCUCUCCCGCCUUCGUCUCCUCGUCCCGCAAGCAUCACAUACAGCGGUGGCACAACUCCCACUGUGGCGAAUACGCCACCCCAUUAG